CCUGCAUGCCAUCUUGCAAAAUCCAUCCUUCUUCUGGAAUUCAAACUAUAAAGACUGGGAAAAUUUUGAACAAAAAUUGGUGAACAAUAUCUGCUUCUAUCGCUAAAAGGUGAUAGUUUGUUAGGCUAAACAUUAAUUGAAUCUCCGAUAAAACGAGAAAGGCACAAAAACCAUUUGUUGAAGUGUUAGACGCCAGUUUAAAUGGUUUGAGGAAAAUUUGGACACUUAUUUUCAAGAAUGAGGAAAUUGGCAUCAAAUAGUUAAUUGAAUGUAAUCCAUGGCUUUAAAGUGCAGCAUGGACCGAACCAAUGUGUUGCAACUGGAGGAAAAGACUUGAUUGCAAAGUAGCAUAUUCUCUUUGUCCCCGUCGAGGCGUGGUUGCUGGAACCAACAUUGGUCCCAGUGGGGCCGCCAUAUUGGGUAAAGUGAAAAAUGCUGGGCAGAAAGCAAAGCAUCAAAGGCGAACCAAUACUGGCGGACUACGGCCCGGAAGAGUCGCUUAAUGAAAGUGCCGACAUUGAAUGGGUCAACAAGCUAUGGGUACGGCGGUUGAUGCGUUUAUGUGCCUUGGUAUCGCUAACGUCGAUAUCCCUUAAUACCCCGAAGACAUUCGAACGGUACCCGUUCCUGCAAUACUUUACACUAUGCAGCGACAUCGUGGUCACUCUGCUGUUCACGUCGGAGAUGAUCGCCAAAAUACACAUACGUGGUCUUUUGAGAGGGGAAGCGCCCUAUCUCAAGGACCACUGGUGUCAAUUCGAUGCUUCCAUGGUUUUCUUCCUCUGGGUGUCAGUAGUGCUACACGUAUUCGAAAUGCUCGGAAUUGUGCCAAAGUUUCAUUACUUCAGCAUCCUUCGGGCACCUCGACCGCUGAUAAUGAUUCGAUUUCUAAGAGUCUUCUUGAAGUUUUCCAUGCCAAAAAGUCGUAUCAAUCAGAUCUUCAAGCGUUCCAGUCAGCAGAUCUACAACGUCACACUGUUCUUCCUGUUUUUUAUGUCACUUUACGGUUUACUUGGCGUGCAGUUCUUCGGCGAGCUGAAGAACCAUUGUGUUCUAAAUUCGACGGAACCUGAAGGACUUACCAUCAAUUCCUUGGCCAUACCGGAUACCUUCUGCUCUAUGGAUCCCGAUUCAGGUUACCAGUGUCCAACCGGUAUGAAGUGCAUGAAAAUGGACUUCCUCUCUAACUAUAUUCAAGGCUUCAACGGGUUUCAGGAUAUAGCCACCAGUAUCUUCACGGUUUAUCAGGCAGCAUCCCAGGAAGGAUGGGUAUUUAUAAUGUAUCGAGCUAUUGAUAGCCUCCCAGCUUGGCGCGCAGCUUUCUACUUCAGUACUAUGAUCUUCUUUCUUGCUUGGUUAGUGAAGAACGUGUUCAUCGCUGUCAUCACGGAAACGUUCAAUGAAAUACGGGUUCAAUUCCAGCAGAUGUGGGGUGUUCGGGGUCAAAUUCAAAACAGCACAGCAUCUCAGACUAUUACUGGAGACGACGCUGGUUGGAAGCUUAUAACUAUUGAUGAGAACAAACAUGGAGGUUUAGCAAAUGAAACGUGCCACACGAUUCUGAAAUCGCCAUAUUUUAGGCUGCUAGUAAUGUCAACAAUCCUCGCAAAUGGUAUUGUAACUGCAACUAUGCAUUUCAAACACGAUGGAAGACCAAGACAAGUGUUUUACGAAAGGUACUACUAUAUCGAAAUGGCCUUCACUUUUCUGCUUGAUCUUGAGACCCUGUUCAAAAUCUAUUGUCUGGGUUGGAGAGGCUACUUUAAACAUUCAAUUCACAAGUUCGAGCUUUUGCUAGCCAUCGGAACGAGUCUACACAUAAUCCCUGGGUUGUAUCUGUCAGGAUUCACCUACUUCCAAGUGUUGAGGGUAGUACGCCUGAUCAAAGCAUCACCCAUGCUAGAAGGUUUCGUGUACAAAAUUUUUGGUCCCGGCAAAAAACUCGGAUCAUUGAUCAUAUUCACCAUGUGUUUGCUUAUCAUAAGCUCAAGCAUUUCGAUGCAAUUGUUUUGCUUCCUGUGCGAUUACACCAAGUUCGAGAGCUUCCCCGAUGCGUUCAUGUCUAUGUUCCAGAUUCUCACGCAAGAAGCAUGGGUUGAAGUCAUGGAUGAAACGAUGAUUCGGACAAGCAAAACGUUAACCCCGUUAGUGGCAGUUUACUUUAUACUGUAUCAUCUGUUCGUUACUCUGAUCGUGCUUAGUUUGUUCGUCGCUGUUAUUCUAGAUAACCUGGAGUUGGACGAAGAUAUAAAGAAAUUGAAGCAAUUAAAAUUCCGCGAACAGAGUGCGGAAAUUAAAGAAACGCUACCGUUUCGAUUGCGGAUAUUCGAAAAAUUUCCCGAUUCCCCCCAGAUGACCAUUCUACACAAAAUACCGAACGAUUUUACACUGCCAAAAGUUCGUGAGUCGUUUAUGAAACAGUUUGUUAUUGAGAUGGAACCUGAGGAUCCUUCGUACAGCGAGGGAUACAAACGGCCGGUGUCGGAGUGCUGGGAAUCUAAGGUCGUCUACCGUAAGCAGAAACCGGUUAAUGUAAUGAAUAAAACUGCCAAGGUGCGUUCUGUUGGAAGUAGUUUGCGAAAGAUGGCCAUAACGCAUAUUAUCAAUGAUUCGAAUAAUCAACGCCUCAUGCUGGGAGAUUCUGCGAUGAUCCCAGUUGCGGGAGCCAAGGGAGGUCUCAAACCUCAGGGCACCAUAACUCAAACCAAGCCAUGGCGCAUGGACCAGAAAAAGUUCGGCUCGAGAUCGAUUCGUCGUAGUGUUCGCAGUGGUUCCAUUAAAUUAAAACAAACCUACGAACAUCUGAUGGAAAAUGGAGAUAUCGGAGCGGCUAGUCGUGUGACUUCAUCGCGGGCGAGACCACACGAUUUAGAUAUUAAAAUUCUUCAGGCCAAACGACAGCAAGCAGAGAUGAGAAGAAACCAGCGCGAGGAGGAUCUACGAGAGAAUCAUCCAUUCUUCGAUACGCCACUAUUUGCAGUGCCAAGGGAAAGCAAAUUCCGAAAAAUUUGUCAACGACUCGUUCACGGUCGGUACGAUGCAAGACUGAAAGAUCCUUUGACCGGAAAAGAGAGGAAAGUGCAGUAUAAAAGUAUGCACAACUUUCUCGGUUUGGUCACCUACCUCGAUUGGGUAAUGAUUUUCGUGACGACACUUUCCUGUAUAUCGAUGAUGUUCGAGACGCCACAGCAUCGGGUAAUGGAACAUAUUACGCUACAGAUUGCCGAGUACACAUUUGUCAUAUUCAUGAGCUUGGAACUAGCGCUCAAAAUUCUCGCCGAUGGGUUGUUCUUCACACCCAAAGCAUACAUCAAGGAUGUUGCCUCAGUACUUGAUGUUUUCAUCUACGUAGUGUCGCUCACAUUUCUGGUGUGGAUGCCUCGGCAAGUUCCAAGUAAUUCGUCAGCUCAGCUUCUGAUGAUCCUGCGAUGCUUGAGACCUCUAAGAAUAUUCACUUUGGUGCCACACAUGCGAAAGGUGGUUUACGAGCUUUGCCGGGGAUUCAAGGAAAUUCUAUUGGUAUCUACAUUAUUGAUCUUGCUGAUGUUUAUCUUUGCCAGCUAUGGAGUUCAAUUGUACGGUGGUCGUUUGGCACGCUGCAACGAUCCAACGAUAAUCAAGCGAGAAAAUUGUGUCGGUGUGUUCAUGAGGCGAGUAUUCGUAACGAAAAUGAAACUUACCCCGGGCACAAAUGAAUCAUACCCAUCAAUGCUUGUGCCACGAGUAUGGGCAAACCCACGACGAUUCAACUUUGAUAAUAUAGGAGAUGCAAUGCUGGCACUAUUUGAGGUCUUAUCGUACAAAGGCUGGAUAGAUGUACGCGAUGUACUGAUUAAAGCUCUAGGACCUGUUCAUGCCAUCUACAUUCACGUGUACAUUUUCCUCGGAUGUAUGAUUGGACUGACACUAUUCGUUGGUGUUGUUAUUGCCAACUACUCGGAGAACAAAGGAACGGCACUACUAACCGUCGACCAACGAAGAUGGUGCGAUUUAAAAAAACGAUUGAAGAUUGCCCAACCGCUUCAUCUACCACCACGUCCUGAUGGGCGCAAGUUUCGGGCCUUUGUGUACGACAUUACGCAACAUAUUGCAUUUAAACGAUGCAUUGCAGUGGUUGUUUUGGUCAACAGCAUGUUACUAUCAAUAACGUGGACAAAAGACGAAACGCACACUGAACGGCUAGUUAUUGUGAGCACGUUCCUCACGUUUGUUUUUGUAGUUGAGGUCGUCAUGAAAAACAUUGCCUUCACACCUCGGGGAUAUUGGCAGUCCAGACGGAACAGAUAUGAUCUGCUGGUGACGGUAGCUGGCGUUGUGUGGAUCUUUCUUCAAACGACACUGAGAAGCGAUUUAUCAUAUUUCAUUGGUUUUAUGGUUGUCAUAUUGAGAUUUUUCACAAUAACUGGCAAGCAUACGACCUUGAAAAUGUUGAUGCUUACAGUCGGUGUCUCAGUGUGUAAAUCAUUUUUCAUCAUUUUUGGUAUGUUUCUGCUAGUGUUUUUCUAUGCACUGGCAGGAACAAUUUUGUUCGGCACAGUAAAGUAUGGCGAAGGUAUUGGGCGUCGCGCAAACUUUGGCUCGCCGGUAACCGGAGUUGCUAUGCUGUUCCGCAUAGUAACCGGCGAAGACUGGAACAAAAUCAUGCACGACUGUAUGGUUCAACCACCCUACUGUACCCUCGCUGCCAACUAUUGGGAAACGGAUUGUGGGAAUUUCACCGCCAGCUUGGUUUACUUCUGCACAUUCUACGUUAUCAUUACCUAUAUCGUGCUGAAUCUACUAGUCGCUAUUAUUAUGGAGAACUUUUCCUUAUUUUACUCAAACGAAGAAGAUGCCCUUUUGUCUUAUGCCGAUAUCAGAAAUUUCCAAAAUACUUGGAACAUAGUGGAUAUCCAUCAGCGUGGAGUAAUACCGGUUCGCAGAGUUAAAUUCAUUCUGCGACUACUGAAGGGACGACUGGAAUGUGAUCCACAGAAAGAUCGGUUACUGUUCAAGUACAUGUGCUAUGAGCUGGAUAAGCUACACAACGGAGAAGAUGUAACGUUUCACGAUGUGAUCAACAUGUUGUCUUAUCGAUCGGUUGACAUUAGAAAGGCACUCCAGUUGGAGGAACUGUUGGCGCGUGAGGAGUUUGAGUAUAUUAUCGAAGAAGAAGUGGCCAAGCAAACGAUUCGAACGUGGCUUGAAGGUUGUCUUAAGAAAAUCCGAGCCAAUAAUAUCACGAAACAGCAAAACUCUCUUAUUGCUGGUUUACGAGCGACCAAUGACAUCCUUCUGAAGCAACAGCAGCAACAACAGCAGCAGCAACAGAACCAACAGCAAGACCAGGUUGAGGAACAACUUUUGCACAAGGAGGCAAGCCUUGAGUCGGAAUCCGCUGAGCAGGCAGCGAAGGAAAUUGAAAACAACGCAAAAAAUCGUAAAAAGAGUCAACAUAUAUUGAAUCGAUCGGACUCCACCGGAAGCAGCAGUGGUCGAAAGUUUCUAGCGCCAACCCUUUCGGAUCCACAAGCGAAAAACGAAAAAGAUCGUUACAUUACUAAGAAAAAAUCUCAACGCCAAACGGGUAGUAAUAGCAAAACGAUAACACAGAUCAACGAAAUGAACCAUAGCCAUACGUUACAUCAACACUACCAUCAUUUCACGCAUGGUAGUGAAGCGCAACAGACUAGUAGUGGGAAGGUUGGACACCCUCAUAUUAACAUGGUUUAUGAAGUACACGAUUGGUGGCAGGAGCAAGUUACUUGUACACAUAGCGAUGAUGAAGAAACUUAGACUGUAACAAUUAUUAUAUCAUAGGUCGAAUGUGUUUAAUAGGCCGCAUACGUAUAGGUGCACCGUUGGGACGGCUGCAUAGAAAGAAUACCGAUCAGAAAGUGAUUUUCCUAAAAAAAUAAUUGGUUUUAUUUCGAACAGAGGUUAUACAGUGCGAUAUAUGGAUUACAGAUCAACACCUGGUUGUAAAAAAAAUAUGUUACUUCUAUCCUUAAUGCCAUCAAUUAAAUACUCAGUGUCAUUGCCAGUGGAAGAAAACAAAAUUGAGAAGCUUCUUGCCAAGAACGGGUCUUAAAAAGACUUUGACAUGGAGAUUUUUUAUCCUUGGGGUAAAGUUCUUAUAUAGAGGGAAAUUUUUGAAUGCUUUCAUCGCUUUUUAUUGCCAAAUAAGUUAAAUAUGCUCACUUUAAUUUAUUCAGCAUAACAAAAAAGCAAAAAGGGUUUUAUUGGUUUAAAUGGGUAUAGUAUUUCGUUUCCCCGGUUAAUCACAAAGAAUCCAAAAGCACCAGCUACUCUCGCCAACAAGAAUAGGCCGAACAAGUAUUGUUUUCCUUUACAAUUAACAGUCAAGGACACUACUGUAUCUUCUGGGAUUCUGUGUAAAGAAUCCGGUGAUUCGUCUCAAAUUCGCUAGGUAUGUAGGUUCCAACAAAGGUGUAAAGCUCUCGUCUUUAGUAAGUAGUAGCGAAAGAACUCGAUUGUCUUUGGCCCGGCCAACUCAAAAGCCAACUGUCAAAAUACACUUUGGAAGGAAAUUCAGGACGAACCGUUAAUCGCCCAGCACAGCCAUUGAUAGCAAACAAAAGAGAAAAGUUUCGCACCGUGCUUCCUCCACACAUUGUGAACAAUAUACCUUGCAUAUGUAAGAAUGUCAAAACAAUAGUUUUCACUUGUUUGUGAAUGCUAUGAUUGUAUGGCAGCAAAAUCAUUAUUGUUUGAUGAAGAUUUGAUAUUGUUUAGAGUGUAUUGUUAAAAGUAGCACAAUGUUUUAGCUAUACUGUUAAUAUACUUUAUAUUAUCAUCUAAAACAAGUACAAGUUAUAUAGCUUAUUUUCGGGGUUAUAAUUUUAAGUGUUAUGUUGUUUUAGAAAAAAAAACUCCAGAAAAAAAAUUGUCAGCACUUCUUGAAAACUAAACAGAUUAUUUAUUUUAAUAUUUACCCAAAGACACAACUAUGUAGCAGCACAAGAAAUACGUCGAAGUUUUACGAAUAAUAGCAAUAAACGAAAAAAUGAAUUCUA